GACGCGGCGACGCGGCCGAUGACAACAUUAGGCCGCGACGCACUCCCAGCCGGGUGGCGGUGGUAGCGGCAGCCCAGGCUGCUGCAGCGUUAGCUUUGGCCGCUGCAGGAGCCGCCGCCGAUAGCAGGCGGACUGUGGGAAGGAGGGGGCCCGCCCUGGCUUGUGUACCACAGGGUCAGAGUUCCCGCCCACCUCGCGCGCGGAACCGGCAGCGCCUCCGUGGCGGCAAGGCAGCGCCCUUGUUCUCCGCUCGCGCCCCAGCUGCCGCCGGCGACUGCGGCCGAGAGAAGUUGGGGUCCAACCGGACGCGUGCAGGGCCUCGAGUCCCGACGCCACCCCGGCCCCGGAGGAACCGGUCCCCUGCGCCUCUCCCCGGGGGCUCCGCACUGGAUUUCCAGAUUUACAGGAUGGCUGCAUGUUAAUGGAAAGAGAAGCAUAAACCCAUCAUCUUUCACUAUGGAGGCAGGUUUGGCAGAUGGUGGAGAACCUGACAGAACUUUGCUUCUGGGUGAUAGCAAAGAUGCCCUUGGGCCGUCAACCGUGGUAGUGAACAGUGACGAAUCUCCACUUCUGACACCAGGAAAGAUGAGUCUGCGCCAAGGGAAAGAAUCCUAUCCAACACCAACCAAAGAUUUGCAUCAGCCAUCUCUUAGUCCAGCAAGUCCUCAUAGCCACGGCUUUGAAAGAGGGAAGGAAGAUGUUCCUCAAAAUAAAGAUGAAUCUUCACUUUCCAUGUCAAAGAGUAAGUCUGAAUCUAAACUUUAUAAUGGCUCCGAGAAAGACAGUUCAGCUUCAAGCAAGCUCACAAAGAAAGAAUCUCUUAAGGUGCAAAAGAAAAAUUACCGAGAAGAAAAGAAAAGAGCCACGAAGGAGUUACUCAGUACCAUCACAGAUCCUUCUGUUAUUGUUAUGGCUGAUUGGUUGAAGAUUCGUGGUACUCUGAAGAGCUGGACCAAGUUGUGGUGUGUGUUGAAACCCGGGGUGCUACUGAUCUAUAAAACCCAAAAAAAUGGUCAAUGGGUAGGAACAGUCCUCCUGAACGCCUGUGAAAUUAUUGAGCGUCCAUCAAAAAAGGAUGGCUUUUGUUUCAAACUUUUUCAUCCUUUGGAACAAUCUAUUUGGGCAGUGAAGGGCCCAAAAGGUGAAGCAGUUGGUUCCAUAACUCAGCCCUUACCUAGCAGCUACUUGAUCAUCCGAGCCACUUCAGAGUCAGAUGGCAGGUGCUGGAUGGAUGCUUUGGAGUUGGCUUUGAAGUGUUCUAGUCUUCUUAAGCGUACCAUGAUAAGAGAAGGCAAAGAGCAUGACCUGAGCAUUUCGUCAGAGAGCACACAUGUGACUUUGUAUGGCUUAUUACGUGCUAACAAUCUCCACAGUGGUGACAACUUUCAAUUAAAUGAUAGUGAAAUUGAACGACAGCAUUUUAAGGACCAAGAUAUGUAUUCUGACAAAUCUGAUAAAGAAAAUGAUCAGGAGCAUGAUGAGUCUGACAAUGAGGUGAUGGGGAAGAGUGAAGAAAGUGAUACAGAUACAUCAGAAAGGCAGGAUGACUCAUAUAUUGAACCUGAGCCUGUUGAGCCUUUAAAAGAGACUGCCUACUAUGAACAGAGCCAUGAAGAGCUUGGAGAGGCAGGUGAGGCUUCUCAAACAGAAACUGUGUCUGAAGAAAACAAAAGUCUUAUCUGGACAUUGUUGAAACAAGUCCGUCCUGGCAUGGACCUGUCCAGGGUGGUUCUGCCUACAUUUAUUUUGGAGCCUCGUUCUUUCCUGGAUAAACUUUCAGAUUACUACUAUCAUGCAGAUUUCUUGUCUGAGGCUGCUCUUGAAGAAAAUCCUUAUUUCCGUUUGAAGAAAGUAGUGAAAUGGUAUUUGUCAGGAUUCUAUAAAAAGCCAAAGGGACUAAAGAAACCGUAUAAUCCUAUACUUGGUGAGAUUUUCCGGUGUUUGUGGAUUCAUCCCAGAACAAACAGCAAAACUUUUUAUAUUGCUGAACAGGUGUCCCAUCAUCCACCAAUAUCUGCCUUUUAUGUUAGUAACCGAAAGGAUGGAUUUUGCCUUAGUGGUAGUAUUCUGGCUAAGUCCAAAUUCUAUGGAAACUCAUUAUCUGCAAUACUAGAGGGAGAAGCACGGUUAACUUUCCUGAACAGAGGUGAAGAUUAUGUAAUGACAAUGCCAUAUGCUCACUGUAAAGGAAUCCUCUAUGGCACAAUGACACUGGAGCUUGGGGGUACAGUCAGUAUUUCAUGUCAGAAAACUGGAUACAGUGCAAUACUUGAAUUCAAACUAAAGCCAUUUCUAGGUAGUAGUGAUUGUGUUAAUCAAAUAUCAGGGAAACUUAAAUUGGGAAAAGAAGUCCUAGCUACUUUGGAAGGUCACUGGGAUAGUGAAGUUUUUAUUAAUGACAAAAAGACUGAUAAUUUAGAGGUUUUCUGGAAUCCAACACCUGACAUUAAGCAAUGGAGAUUAAUAAGACACACUGUAAAAUUUGAAGAGCAGGGAGAUUUUGAAUCAGAGAAACUCUGGCAGCGGGUAACUAAAGCCAUAAAUGCCAAAGACCAAACUGAAGCUACUCAAGAGAAGUAUGUUUUAGAAGAAGCUCAAAGACAAGCAGCCAGAGAUCGUAAAACAAAAAAUGAAGAGUGGACUUGCAAGUUAUUUGAACUUGAUCCACUCACAGGAGAAUGGCAUUACAAGUUUGCAGAUACCCGACCAUGGGACCCACUUAAUGAUAUGGUACAAUUUGAAAAAGAUGGUGUUAUCCAGACCAAAGUGAGACAUCGUACUCCAAUGGUCAAUGUCCCAAAAAUGAAACAUAAGCCAACCAGGCAACAGAAGAAAGUGGUGAAAGGCUAUUCUUCCCCAGAACCUGAUAUCCAGGACUCAUCUGGAAGUGAAACUCAAUCAUUGAAACCAAAUACAAGAAGAAAGAAAGGGAUAGAACUGGGAGACAUUCAAAGUUCCAUUGAAUCUAUAAAGCAAACACAGGAAGAAAUUAAAAGAAAUGUUAUGGCUCUUCGAAAUCAUUUAGCUUCAAGUACACCUGCCACAGAUUAUUUUCUGCAACAAAAAGACUAUUUCAUCAUUUUCCUCCUGAUUUUGCUUCAAGUCAUAAUAAACUUCAUGUUUAAGUAGACAUUCUUUACAAUUGAAUCAGUGAACUGGAAUAAUCAGAUUUGGCUUGGGACCGAUGUUCAAGUUGGUUUGGUCUUUAUUAAGACACCACAAUAUUUCUAGAACAAAAAACCUUAGAGAUAAAUGUAGAGAUGUUGACCUUUCAUACCUUUUAUCCUUAACCUGAAACAGAAGCUAUCCUAUUUGGUUAUUAAAGUGAGCUACAUAUUAAGUGCCAGAACAUUUCUAGCUUUUGUGAGCGUGUCUACAUGUGAAUAUAAUAAGUCCACAUGUAUACACAAUGUCACUUACAUACUCUUAUCUGGCAUUAGUCUUUGUAUUCUAUAGUAUGUUCUGAGAUAUAUCGUUAACAUUGUUCGUAACAAAGACGCUAUCAAUCUUAUAAAUAGAUGUAAUCUAUUUCCUUCACAAAACUUUUAUCAAUAAAGAAUUACAGAAUGGGAAAUGAUGGAUUAAUAGACAUAAAUAAUUCAGUAUGCUGUACUGUUAAAAAGAAAUCAUUUUCAAAACACCCAGCUAAAUUAUCGAGAAACAGUGAGAAAAAAGUGUGAAUGGUCAAAAUUGAUAUAUUGAGAAAGAUGGCAAAAUGUUUUUGAAAGUUUAAGAUUUUUUUGAAUCUUUUUUAUAUGUUCAUAUGUGUAUAUCAAUGUAAAAACUGGUAUUCAGCUACUUGGAUCGAUUGAUUAUAUCUUUAUCAUACUUACAUGAUAUCACUUUAAGCACUUGUUGUUAAAAAAGUAUGAAUGGUCGAAGUAUAUUGCUGUUCUUUUUUGUUAUUUUUGUUUUUUUUUAAGUCAUCUGAUCCAUAACAUAGGCCAAAUUCUAGAGUAGAGCAUAUGAAAUACUGAUAAUUCAUGCUUUCUCAUUAUGAUCAGCUUAUUCUUGCUUUCAUUUAGAUCUUAGUGUGUCAGUAAAUGAGUAGAAAAAUUAUAACCAAUAUUUUACUUCAAAAGCCAAAAAGAGAAAGGCAAGAAGAAAAAGUGGUAGCAUUUAUACGUACAUUAUAAUUGGUUUCUUUAAAAUGUGCAAUAAGUUGAGCGUGUAAGAAGAACAUCAAGUUCCCAUGUUUAAUUCUUCAUUAUCCCUCUCUGUUCUUAGUAACUUCAUUCUGUGGCAAAACCACAAAUCUCCCUGAUUCCUUUUGUUCAGGAUCAGGCAUACUUUUUUCUAAAGUUCUUUUUUUUUUUUUUUUUUUCAAUUUAACAUUUUGACUUCAUGUUUUUUGCGUAAGUUUUUAUAAUCCUCGGUAGCAAUUUUUGCAAAUGUAGUUAGCUUUAGGAAUGUAAGCUAUAUCUUAUAAUCCUGAAAGCAUAGAUUUUGAAAUGGUUAUUAAUGAAAAUGAAGGUCAGAUAGUAAUUGCUCUGACCACAUUUGCCUUUGACAAAGAAGAGACUAGAAGAAAUUACAGUCAAUUUUAUACCAUGAUAAAUAUAAAACCAAGGGAUGAUUGCUAAAUUACGAAAAUUGAAAAUGAUAGAGCCUGUUUUUUUUUUUCUUCCUCUAACCAAUAUAGCAAUGGCUUUAACGAAUAUAGCAACCUUAAGUAUAUAAUUUAUGUGAUCUUUAGGUUUCUAUGAAGAGCCAUUUCCCAUGUAUUGUUGGCAAAACAAUACUGUAUUCCAAGUGUACAUGUAAAAAUAUUUUUUAAGUUGAUUAAAGCAUAAAUAAGAUGUACCUAUAUCCAGUAUUUUCAUGACCUCACUAGAACGGGUGAUUUUUUUGGUUGCAUUUCAUAUUUUUGUCAAUACAAUUUUUGUACUCACAUUCUGUUACCCAUGUAAUGCUCAACUGCAUACUCAUUGAUAUAUGAUAUUUUGUAAAUAUUGUACAAUUAGAUCUUUUUUUAUGGUUUAAAUUAGUAUUAACGUGUCUGUAUUAUAUAUAAUUUGAUGGUCUGAUCACAAAAAUCAUCAUUAAAUCCUGAAAAAAUAUUUUGUUGGUGACCCAACUUGGGAUUUUGGUCUUACCCCGUGUGUGUUACAUUCAUUUGGUCUACAUAGUGUUUUAUCUAUAUAGGUAUCUUCUAAGACUGGAAAAGUAGUUUUUUCUUUAUUUUUUAUUUUAUUUUAUCAUUUUUUUUAGGGUAGAUGUUAUGGUUCUUACCCAAGGAGUCAAAAACUAUUUCAUGAGAAAGAGCAGGGCUACUGUUAUAGAUUGAAUUCUGUCCCCCCAAAAUAUGUGUUACAAAUCCUAAAUUCUAUGCCUGUGGUUAUAAUCUCAUUUGGGAAUGGGUUGUCUUUAUCUUGUUAAUGAGGCAGGAUUAGUGUAGGGUGUAUGUUGAGUCAAUCUCUUUUGCAAUAUAAAAGAGAUUAAACAAGCCAGCAGAGCAGAGAUGGGAGAAGAGCGAUGGUAAACCACAUGAAGAUUGCCCAGGAGCAGAACUUCAGAAGAGACGAAGACCUUUCUCCAGAGCUGACAGGAAGAAAACCUUUCCCUAGAGCUGGCACCCUGAAUUGAAUUUGGACUUCUAGCCUCCUGAACUGUGAGAAAAUAAACUUCUGUUUGUUGAAGC